AUGCCCGUCGACCAAGAGAGAAUGCGUGAGAAGUGUGUUGUGAAACACUUUAAAGAGGAUUACUGUGCCAGAUUGCAAGAAGACACUUGGUAUGCGCACAAACGCACCUCCAUGAAAGCCCAUGAAAUGGCUGAGAGGUUCAACGUCAAACACAGCGAUAAAGGCAUUCCAACGAUUGAGGUUCUCAUUCCCAUCAUUUCCAAAGUCAAAAGAAUUGCUACCCACAGCACCCUAAGAAAGAAAAUGAGCGACCGUUUGUCUGAAACGGGUUUUGGGGCCAAAGGUGAAGAUGCACAGACAGCCGAUGCGAUGGUACCAGAGGGUACAUCGGUAGCGAUUGAGCAUUUCAUUCGGGGACGGUUCGUCCAAUUCUCAAACAACUUCGGUAACGUGAACCCCAAUGAAAAUACCCUUGUUCCAGUAGCCUUCUCCCACUUCACGUACCAUGAAUCAAACGGCCAAAUCCUCGUGACAGACUUACAAGGAGUUUACAACCAGAUUAACAACCAGAACAGCUACAUCUUCACCGAUCCAGCAAUUCAUAGCAUUGAUAAUUUUAGGUACUUGCUCGACUACUACGGUUCAACCGAUCUGGGGGCGAAUGGCGUGUUAAAGUUCUUCCAAAAUCACAAAUGCAAUCACUUGUGUGAUGGGUUAAUAAAACCUGUCUUGGUAAAACGAUCAGGUUAUAGGCAGAAGGAUCAGGUCAAUGAUACUGUCAAAUUAAGAGGUUAUUCAACUAACACAUGCGAGUUGCCCAAUGUCGGGUUACAGGCCCAACCCAUACAAGAGCUGCACAACAACGUUGCCAAAACGCUUGCGUUGAGUGGACGUCAUGGUGAGCUGUUGCAUCGCAGCCGGUAA